ACCCUAUCGCCAACAAUACUGCCGCAGGCUGAACCACGCAUUCCGCCGCCCUGUCCAAAGAGCGUCACAGUGCAGCAGCCGCCGCGGCUGAUAUGCAAAAAGGAUGUUGUCUUUUGCGAGAAAACGAUUCCAGAGCCGAUGGUCGUGAAUCGCUGCAGGAACAUUACCGUACCCAAGGUUGUUGAAACGACGCGUGUGAUACAGGUGCCCAAACUCAUAUGGGUUUCGCAGAUGGUUCGCGAGCCAAGGGUCAUCUACUAUCCAUCGACAGUACCAGAUCCGUAUGUGAUGUGUCAUCCAAAGAAAGUGUGCGAGCCGCGAGAGGUUUGCCAGACGCUGCUCUGCCAGCCAAAGCCGCAGAUCAUUGACGUACCAGCGCCCACUGAGUACUGCUGCUAUGAGAACGGGCCGGUUGGCUACACGGCCAGCCAUUCGUGUUCACCAUUAGGCGGAAAUGGAUGCUGUUCGAUGUCAGCCUUUGGCACCCAGCAGUAUCCUAUGAGUGAACUGCCUUGCGGACCCUGUGGGCCCUAAAUUGGCGUCUCUAUGGUCCAGCACUGGGUGCUGAAUUUCCAACGAACUGUCAAAGUGAGCAACAUUGAUUGCACAUGCUUUGAUACGUGAGCGAUCGGAGCGUUGCAACCAAUUGUUGCUCGCCUUGAUGGAGGAGUUGAUUGUUGGCGCAUAUGUUUGAUCCUUGUCAGUUAUAACGAAUACACGCAUCAAGCAAUCUUAAAUCCUAA